AUGGACAAACGAAGAACUCGAAAACAACGAAAUACAAUGAGUUUAACUCAAAAAGAAUUAAACAUGCUCAGAAAAACUUCACAUUUAAGUGAUAAAGAAAUAAGAUUAUGGAAUGAAGAAUUUCUUCGUAAAUAUCCAACGGGUAAAAUCGAUAGAAGUAAAUUUCUUGAAACUUAUAAACAUCUUUAUCCAAAAAGUGAUGCACUUUUAACAUGCAAUACCGUAUUUAAUAUAAUAGAUGUAAAUCAUGAUGACGCAAUUGAUUUUAAUGAAUUUCUUUUUCUUGCUGCUGUUACUGCUCGUGCAAGUAAUUUAGAUGAACGACUUGAAAUGGUUUUCGAUUUAUGGGAUGUUUCCAAUGAUGGACUUCUUGAUCAAAAUGAAUUAGGUCAUCUCAUAUCGGCUAUGUAUGAUCGUGCUCGAGUAACGGAUCGUCAAGGUGAAAAGGAUCCACAUAGACGGGCCAAAGAAAUAAUCACUAAACUCGAUAUAACUGGUGAUAAGAAAUUAAGCAAAGAUGAAUUUAUCAAAGGAUGUAAAAAUGAUGAAGUUGUUAGAAAACUUCUCCUUCCUGAUACUUAA